CUCAUUAAACACCUUUCUCGCUCUCAACGUGGUUUUAAAAGUGUUCCCUUUCGUGGUUUCUGUUAUCGAUUGUUAAGUUAAAGAGCAGCAAAACAGCUGCUGGUAAUUGACGCGUUACUCCUUUGGAAGACAGCGGUUGGAUUAGCACAAAACCAGAGUUGCCGCUAAUGCUGGUUGACCUGCACCUGAAAGCCCUUACCUGUUUGCGCAUCAAUCCCGGAGUUCCCCAUUGACUCAGAUCGAACUGAAGUCAAAAUAACUAUGCAGAGCCACAUGCGCACUUCUGUAUUGUCGGGGUUGAACCAGUUCUCUCCCAGAUUUCAAAACGGAAGUUAAAUGCGGUUGUCAUUCACGGUUGGAGAUGUGAGAUAUGCCGAAAAGUCAACGUCUCCAAUGGAUAUACAGAGUCCUCAGUGCAACAGUACCUCCGAAGAUCACUGUGCUGAAAGAUCAGGCCCGCUUGCUCUGAUCAUCAUUCCAGUCCUCCUGGCGCUCAGUACUGUGGUGGUGGCCACUCUUAUUGUACGCAGUGUCUGCUGCAAGAGGCAGGCACCAGCAAUCACCUCAGUCUCCAUCAGUAAUGGACAUGCAGGUAAGAGCGACUGUAGUGCAGGGCGGGACUCUGUGCGCAUCAGCACCGUGUCAGGGACCCUGCGGUCAGCCCGGGAUGCGCUCGGCCCGUGGGAGAUCCCGGGAGACUGUGUCCUGGAGGAGGUGGAGUUUCUGCAGACGGGACGUUACGGGCCAGUCUGCAGGAGCCGCCUGAGCAGAGCGGGCGUCACCACCACGGUGGUGGUCAAGACACUCCGAGAUAGUACCAGUGAGCCUGACGUCAAGGAGUUUGUGGACUGGGCUCGCUUUCAUGCCACCGUGUGCAAGAACGAGAAUCUGGUGCAGAUGCUGUUCUGCCAGACCCAGCGGCUGCCCAUGUACCUGGUCCUGGAGGCUGUCAGUCCCGGAAACCUGCUACACUUCCUCUGGACCCUCCGGAAAGGGGAUUCUGGGACAUCAAGUCAAUCACAGCACUUUUCAGAGCGGUCCGUGUAUAUGGUGGCAAAGCAGGUGGCAGCUGGUCUGGACUACUUGUCUUCGGAGCACAGGCUGAUCCACGGUGAUGUGGCAGCCCGGAGCAUGCUGAUUGGCUCUGGGCUGUCCGUGCGGGUCUCGGGCUUGGGUAUGGCGUUCGAGGCUUGGCAGACGGGCAAGGUGGCCCAGCGGCGGGCGGCCGAGGUGCCCCUGAAGUGGCAGGCGCCAGAGAGAAUAAUGAGGCAGCCCAUGACAGACAGGAGUGACGUGUGGUCUUUUGGUAUUCUCCUGUAUGAGCUGAUCACUUUAGGUAAUCCCCCUUACCCUGAGCUGGAGCCCCUAGAAGUUUUCCCACAGAUCCAGAAUUCUUAUCGAAUGAAGCAGCCCGAAAAUUGCGGAGGACCUCUGUACGACCUCAUGAAAUACUGCUGGAUGUGGAACUUUAAGGAUCGGCCCACGUUCUCCGCCAUCAUCAAGCUGCUUAAGUCCUACACGCACCUGGCCGAGACCAAAGCGCUUUGCUCCCAGGAGGAUAUGGACAUUUUCGAGUACAGCAAGAGGGCGGGUGUGUUUCCCUGACGGACCGCGCCAAGCCAUCGCGCACAGGAAACUGCAUGUAACAAAAGGGUGGCCUCCCUGGACCUUUGUUUGGAUGUUUAUCAGCUGCAGGGAAGAGUUAACUCAUUAAGAUCUUUCUUCAGUUGAAUAAGUAUGUUUGAACACCAUUAUUUAAAGGGGAAACCUGUAAUGGGAAGGCCUUGUGGGUUGGACUGUGGAACAUUUAAGGUCCAGGAAUAAGUAGUUGCAGUCUCACCUUAGACAGGAGCAUGUAACUAUACAGAAUUCAUACUGAUCUGUGAAUACUAGCUAUACUGAAUUCAGGAUUUUAAAUGGUGCCAACAUCUCAUAGUUGGAAGUAGAUGUUUAAUGGUGUUUGAGUUGUUGCUGGACAAAGAGUAACACGUUUCCACUCUUGCUAAAAGUAGUUCCAGCAAACUUGUUCUCUUUGUUGCACGGAUUGGGAUUGCACCAGUGAUGAUAACAUGAAGGGAAGUGUUUGUCAUACAUGACCAAAGUGGACACUUCAAAACCUUUUGCUCGCAAAAGAGUCUUAAA